GUCGAGCGGUGGUCACACUGGAUCCGCAUUAGUUUUUUUUCGGGUCCAAAAUCUGUCCAAAUCCGCAAAUUGCACGCAUAUUCUAGUAUCUGAAAACCAGAAAUUUAGAUAGACUGGGUACAGAGUCAUCUGAAAAACGCAAAAAUUAGGCAAUCUCCGAGGAGCAACGUCCUUAAAACGAGAACGCAUUACCCACUUUUGAAUGCCUGUAAAGUAUUAUGGAAAGAGGAUGCCCAGCUGCUAGCAGUGAAUCCGUGACCAGUGCAGGGGAGCGUACUCAGUCAGCAGUCACCAGCUCCACCUCCACGUGGGUCAAGAGUCAGGCCUCAACCAGCCGAAAAACAGAAGCAUCAGAAGAAUCGGGAUUAGGAGCAGUAGACGCAGAAGUAGGAGCCGGCAGAGAAGCCUUUGUAUCUAUGUCAACGCUGCGGGAGGAUGUGGAGGACGUGUGUGUGUCGUCAAACUCACAACAUGGUUUCGCCGUAGUUUUGGACGACGAGUCCAGCACAUUUGAGAUUAGCUCUUCCAACUCACUGCCCACCAGUGCGGGGGCGGCGUCCACAGUGGGAGUGGUGGCCGUCGACGACAGCUCCUCCACGGAUACCUUGAACGGUGGUCAUCCUGACUUAGGUCACCCCGCCUCAUCGGAACACAGUCGUCAGGGCUUUUUUAAUGAGGAUAAUGAAGAUCCUCCGGUUGUAUGCCUUAUAAACGACGAUGACGAUGAUGAGGAACCCGAGCCGGAGGAGGACGAUGAGGAGGAACUGAUUGAAGACGAGGACGAGGACGCAGUGGACAUUGUAACGGGCGCCAUCAGCUGCCCCAACACAUCACAGUUGGCUUUAGCCGACGGCACCAUCAUGGCGGCCGAUGGAUCUAAGAUCUUCCUGGAGACGCCCGUCGUGGAGGAGGCCCAGCCGCAUCCCGGUCAGGUAGUCACAACGGGAUCCCAGUCGGAGCUCACAGGCAAGCCAAAAAGAUUGAGCGAUGAGUUCUUGCUGGGUGAGGAAGACCAAGCAGAGAACCUGGCUUUGGGAAGAUGUAUUAAGUCUGAGCCGGUUAAUCCCGUGGACGACAAUCCAUCUGAAGGCGACGAUGGGGCUACUUGCUUCUCACUACAUGACCGUCUUAUGUCAGUGCGCCUGAAGCAGAUGAGCCUCACGGCCAACACCGUUUCGAAUCCCUCGCCAGCAGCCUCUGCCAACGCCGCCGCCCCAGAGGAGGCCUCCACUUCCAACUCCAGCUCAACCUCCAGCUCUGCCUUGUCGAGGGCAGACAUUGAGUCCAUGGAUCUGAUCGAGCGUCGCGACUUUGAGACGGAGCAGCGUCUCACGGGCGGCAUAAUCCUGCGUACCAGCUCCAUGGUGAGCCAGAACAAACUGAAUCUAAGUCUGAUCAAGUCCAUGGCGGGGGGAAGCAAGGCGGCCAAUGGAUCGGGUACGGCCAACAGUGACGACUGGCCCAGCAGCAGCAAUGGGCGGACCGUCUCAUCGGACAGCAAGUACACCUACAAGGAUCUGUCCACGACUCCAACGAGCAGUCGCAAGUACACGAAUAGCCGGCUAAGCAAGUCCACUGCCAAAUUAAAUCUGGGAUCCUCGUUGGGCGCCUCCAGCUGCAGCCAGCACCGGAGUGGUUCCAGUUCCACUUCAAAAUCCAUGGAGUCAUCGACCAGUUGCACUGGAGCUGCCCGAACGGACGUUUACACAAACACCAACUCGAAUGAUUACCCCAGUCUGGCUCCAACCACGUCUGGUUCGUCCACAUCCGGGGGAAGCUGUCAACAGGAUCAGGAGGAGAAUGUGAGUGCAUCCGUCUCGUAUAGCUCGGUGGGAUCGCAGACCUCUCAGGAAAGUGGUUGCAGUCGCACCACUGCCAUCAAUCCAACAGCUGCCUGCUCCACCGGAUCGGCCUGCUUGGGUGACUCUCAGGCCUCGACAUCGGCUUCUACCUCGUCCGGAGCCGGAGCGUCCAACCGUUGCCAGUAUGCCACUACAUCGACGACAAAGGCAGCUCGCCAGGUUAAUGCCAGCGCCCAAACCCAGGAGCGUUUCCUGACUCGCAGCAAUCCUCCAGCUGCUAGUGGAGCGGGGUCGGUUGGGGCAAACCCGACAGCAUCUGUUCGGCAACGGCGAAACGGUUCCAGCGAUGUUGUCCACCUGGAAGUGGUGGUGGAAGAGGGAGCUGGCGGAGGGGACGGCGGCGUGGUGGAGCCCGGCGACUUUAGUGCCGAGGAACCUUGGGCCAACUGCGAUGAGGAGAACAACUGUUCCGAUCUGGAGGAGAUUUGCACAUGCCAGAACGGUAACGGAAGCAGCUACGGCGGAAGCAAUGCCAGUCUCAGCGAGACUUUCGACAUGGACGCCAUGGAUCCCGAUGAGCCCAUUUCCUUGUCGCUGUCCUCUGCCUCAGCUGGCUUCACCGAAUACUCGCUGACCAAUCCCAGCUCGCUAAUGUCUCAUCAGCGCAAACGAAAGUUCAACGAGGGACGUCUGCUGGAUGGCGGCGACUACUCGGUGACUAUAUCUUCCAGCGGCGAAGUGGGCGGACCGGGUUCAGGUGUGAGCGAUAAUUGCCGCAAGCGGAUUGCCUAUGAUUUUGCAUCUACGCCGCGCUCCUCGCAACAUUUGGGACCCACGGCAGUGCUAUCGGUGACGCCCUCAUCGCAUCUGACUAGCUCCACGCCGGGAUCGGCUUUGGGUCGUCGCACCCCACGUUCCGUGCCGUCUCGUGACAAUCCGCCACCAGAGCUGCAGCACUGGUUGGCACAAUUCCAACGAUGGUCCCAUGUCGAGCGAUUGCUGGCCCUGGACCGUCUCAUCGAUCACUGCGAUCCGUCUCAGGUGCGGCACAUGAUGAAGGUGAUUGAGCCGCAGUUCCAGCGGGACUUCAUCUCCCUGCUGCCAAGAGAGCUAGCCCUCUUUGUGCUCUCGUACUUGGAGCCCAAAGACUUGCUGAGGGCAGCGCAGACCUGCCGCAGCUGGCGCUUCCUGUGCGACGACAAUCUGUUGUGGAAGGAGAAGUGCCGCAAAGCCCAGAUCCUCGCCGAGCCGCGUAGUGAUCGCCCGAAACGGGGACGCGAUGGCAACAUGCCGCCAAUUGCUUCGCCCUGGAAGGCCGCCUACAUGCGUCAGCACAUCAUCGAAAUGAACUGGCGGUCGCGACCUGUGCGCAAGCCCAAGGUACUCAAGGGCCACGACGAUCAUGUGAUUACGUGCCUGCAGUUCUCUGGCAAUCGCAUUGUGUCCGGCUCCGAUGACAAUACACUUAAAGUAUGGUCAGCGGUGAACGGAAAGUGCCUGCGCACUUUGGUUGGUCACACCGGUGGUGUUUGGUCUUCCCAAAUGUCCGGAAAUAUCAUCAUUUCAGGCAGCACGGAUCGCACGCUCAAAGUCUGGGACAUGGACAGCGGCGCAUGUGUGCACACACUUCAGGGGCAUACGUCCACUGUGCGGUGUAUGCAUUUGCAUGGCAGCAAAGUGGUCAGUGGCUCGCGAGACGCAACCUUGAGGGUUUGGGACAUUGAACAAGGCUCCUGUCUGCACGUUUUGGUUGGUCACUUGGCUGCUGUGCGUUGUGUGCAGUACGAUGGGAAGCUGAUUGUGUCCGGAGCGUAUGAUUAUAUGGUGAAGAUCUGGCAUCCGGAGCGCCAGGAGUGCCUGCACACACUGCAGGGCCACACAAAUCGCGUCUACUCGCUGCAGUUUGAUGGCCUGCAUGUGGUAUCGGGUUCAUUGGACACCUCUAUUCGCGUGUGGGACGUGGAGACGGGCAAUUGCAAGCACACCCUGAUGGGUCAUCAGAGUUUGACCUCUGGCAUGGAACUGCGUCAAAACAUUCUUGUCUCGGGCAACGCCGACUCGACAGUCAAGGUGUGGGACAUCACAACCGGACAAUGUCUGCAAACGCUGUCGGGUCCAAAUAAGCAUCAUUCUGCGGUCACCUGCCUGCAAUUUAACUCCCGAUUUGUGGUGACCAGUUCCGACGAUGGCACCGUGAAAUUGUGGGACGUUAAGACGGGCGACUUUAUACGUAAUCUUGUGGCUCUGGACUCUGGUGGAUCCGGCGGCGUUGUGUGGCGGAUUAGAGCAAACGACACUAAACUCAUUUGUGCCGUCGGUUCCCGCAACGGAACGGAGGAAACAAAGCUAAUGGUCCUCGACUUUGAUGUUGAGGGUGCAUGUGUGAAGUGCUCAUAGGAGACGGUGGGGCACUUCCGGUGGAGCCUACGCCGCCGUCUCGCUUGGAUUCAGGCGGUGAACGGUCAGGGACGGGGCAGCUAGUAUACAGCUUCAAGCGAGAUUUCAUUGCAAACUCAUCCAAACACAGAAAAGCACACACAGACAGAUGCCGCGGAUGUGAGGGUCCGCAACGUAAUGUUGAAUGCCUUGCCAACAAAACGCAACUGCUCACAUACACCACACACACCAUUAACACCACACACACCGUAACACACACACAAAAAACAUUAAACAAUUAAGGGAAAGAAGAGUAGGGUAGUCGGGUGGUCGGGGUGUGGCUGUGGCUGUGAGUGUAUAUUGUUAAUAAUACCCUUUUAAAUUACGUUGCUUCAUAGCCAAAAUUCGUUUUCCACCGUAGAAUAAUUUCGCUUCUUAGUUUUUAUUGCUAUUGUGUAUAUGGCAAGAAUCGAUUACCUUAAUGAUAAUAUUAUGAUUAUGAUUACGUAUUAUAAAGCGCAGAUUUACAACUGCAGAUGCAAAUAAUUGUUUCGCGUCGUGUGAACCUGAGAGAGCGUUUAUGAGAACAGAGCUUUAUAUUGAUUAAAUUGUAAUUUGUUUAAAUGAAAUUUGGAUAAGAUGGAUAUGUUAAUAUUGGCCCACCACUUGAGUUGAGUUUGCCGCCUAUUAUGUUUACAUUUGUGGUUUUGUUUCGUCUCGUCCAACUUGUUUUGUUUAAUUGUACUUGAACGGGUAUGUACCUAAAUUCUAUUAUCACGUUCUGAUUGUUUCCCUUUUACAUUUGAUUUGAUUCAUUUGUCGUGCAGUAGCAUUAGCGAUAUUGGCUUCCAAUUCCAAAUUCGAAAUUCCUCAUUUGCCAGGAACCUGCCACAUUUGCCGCACAUAGCGUUUAAGAGUCAUCUGCCGAACUCAUCGAGCAGCAACUCACACCCACGAAACAGCAACUGCAACAUGAACACUGCAACACAACAACACUCACACACGUGAAAUCAUUAAGCGAACAUAUAUUUUAAUUAUAGACUGAUUUAUUAGUAAUUGAAAUUAAUCUACAAAUAUGUAUGUGUAAUGGUACCGUAUGUAUUUCAAUAAAAUUUAUCGGUUUAAGCAUAAAUCUGAAUAAACGCAGGAAUAAU